AACAAAUUCGAUUAAAGAACAUAAGAAACGUCUACGGAAGAUGUUUGUGGUAUCGCUUGCGACUGUUAAAACCACAACAGAACAUAAUUCCUACAGUAAAGAAAAUAGUCCUCCUUGCUGGCUGGGCAUUAUUUUUGUUCCUUGCAUACAAAGUUUCCAAAACAGACCGAGAGUAUCAAGAAUACAACCCUUAUGAGGUCUUACAUUUGGAUCCUGGAGCAAGUAUAUCAGAGAUUAAGAAACAAUACCGUGCCCUCUCGCUAAAAUACCAUCCAGAUAAAGGAGGAGAUGAAGUGAUGUUCAUGAGGAUUGCUAAGGCCUAUGCAGCCUUAACUGAUGAAGAAUCACGAAAAAAUUGGGAAGAGUUUGGUAAUCCAGAUGGACCACAAGCUACAAGCUUUGGUAUAGCUUUGCCAGCUUGGAUUGUGGAUCAGAAAAAUUCCAUUUUGGUUUUGCUUGUGUAUGGGUUAGCAUUUAUGGUUAUUCUUCCAGUUGUUGUGGGUUCCUGGUGGUAUCGAUCGAUACGUUACAGCGGGGAUCAGAUUCUCAUCCGGACAACUCAGAUCUACACGUAUUUUGUCUAUAAAACACGGAACAUGGACAUGAAACGGCUGAUCAUGGUUUUAGCAGGGGCAUCAGAAUUUGAUCCUCAGUACAAUAAAGAUGCUACAAGCAGACCAGCAGACAACAUUCAGAUACCACAGCUAAUCAGAGAAAUUGGUGGCAUAAACUUGAAGAAGAAUGAGCCUCCACUCACCUGCCCUUACAGCCUGAAAGCCAGAGUUCUGCUGUUGACUCAUCUUGCCAGGAUGAAAGUUCCUGAGGUCCUUGAAGAAGAUCAGCAGUUCAUCCUGAAAAAGAGUCCUGCACUACUUCAAGAAAUGAUUAAUGUGAUCUGCCAACUGAUAAUAAUGGCUCGAAGCAGGGAAGAAAGGGAGUUCCGUGCUCCAUCUUUGGGAUCUUUGGAAAAUUGCAUGAAGCUUUCCCAGAUGACUGUCCAGGGGCUUCAGCAGUUCAAGUCUCCCCUCCUGCAGCUGCCUCACAUUGAAGAGGACAAUCUUAGGAGGGUCUCCAAUCAUAAAAAGUAUAAAAUCAAAAGUAUUCAGGAUUUGGUGAGUUUGAAAGGUCCUGAUCGUCGCAAUUUGCUGCACUUCCUAGAAGAUAAGAAAUACGAUGAAGUUAUGGCCGUCCUUGGCAGCUUCCCCUAUGUCACCAUGGAUAUAAAGCCCCAGGUUUUGGAUGAUGAAGAUAGCAACAAUAUUACAGUAGGUUCUCUUGUCACUGUUCUGGUCACCCUAACAAGACAGACCAUGGCAGAAGUGUUUGAAAAGGAACAGUCUAUAUGUGCAGCAGAAGAGCAGCCAACAGAAGAUGGGCAAGGAGAUGCCAGCAAAGUGAAGAGCAAAGGAUGGCAGCAAAAGAAUAAAGGAACUAAGAAAGCUUCAAAAUCAAAGAAGAAGAAGCAGCCAUUGAAAAAGAAACCUGUGCCACCUUCCUUGCAGCCACCAAAGCAACAGAAGCAGAGACAGGCUAAUGGGGAAGUAGUUGCAAAGGAAGAAGAAGAGGAGAUCUCUGAUAAAGGUAGUGAAUCUGAAGAAGAAGAAACAAACAGAGACUCUCAAAGUGAAAAAGAUGAUGGAAGCGACAGAGAUUCUGACAGAGAACAAGAUGAGAAGCAAAACAAAGAUGAUGAAGCUGAGUGGCAAGAAUUACAGCAAAGUAUACAGAGAAAGGAACGAGCCCUUCUUGAAACCAAGUCAAAGAUAACGCAUCCCGUUUACAGCCUUUUUUUUCCUGAGGAAAAACAAGAGUGGUGGUGGCUCUACAUUGCAGACCGAAAGGAGCAGAUGCUAAUAUGUAUGCCCUACCAUGUUUGUACCCUAAAAGAUAAAGAAGAGGUAGAGCUGAAGUUCCCAGCACCAGGCAAGCCUGGAAACUAUCAGUACACAGUUUAUUUAAGAUCAGAUUCAUAUAUGGGAUUGGACCAGAUUAAACCUCUGAAGCUGGAAGUUCACGAAGCAAAACCAGUGCCAGAAAAUCACCCACAAUGGGACACAGCAAUAGAAGGUGAUGAGGACCAGGAGGACAGUGAGGGCUUUGAAGACAGUUUUGAGGAGGAAGAGGAAGAAGAGGAAGAUGAUGAUUAAACAAUACUAUUGAUUGACUACAAUAUCUGCACACACUGCAAACUUCUUGGUCUGACUGUGGAACUGUACAAUAACAAAAGAACACAGUACAGAAGCUUUGAGAAGGCUGAAUUUAAUUUUUCUUUACCAAUUAAGAGUGCAUUAUGUAUCUUCUCAGUGGAGGUGAAACAAAUCUGUUGCCAUUGAUACACCUUGGAAAAUGCUUCUGGCUCAUUUAUAGCCUUCCAGUGCAGGAUUGGUGCAUUUGUUUCAAUUGAAAAUAAAAGCUUUUUUUAAUAUAAAUGUCUAACAGUGUGGGCUGUGUAUUGUCUGGUCAGUUUAGGG